GUACAAACAACAUAACACAUAUGUUAAUGAGUUAACGUGUUCAAAUACAAACUUUAAAGAUGACAGGUUCAUUCUGAACUAAGAACAUAUGACUGUAAAAUCAUGAAAUUCAGAGGUCAGACAAUGUAAAGAUGAUCAUCUGAUUAGAGAGCGUGCUGGUAUUGUAGAAGAGCAGGGCCAAGACGGGCUGAUUCUGUACCCUUUUUAAUGGAAGAGAGAAAUCGAUCUUUAAAACAAAUCGCUUUUCUUACACUGCCUUAAGAAAAAUGCUUAAAUAUUACAUUGUACAAGUUAAAAUGACUGUGAUUGUAAACUUGAAUAAGCAGGUUUUGUAAAUGAGCGGAUGAACAAAUAAAAUAAUUUAAAUUUCACAUAUUCUUUAAUUUGUCAGGAAAUGGAAAGAACAGAAAAUUCACAAUAUAUCUCAUUGAUUUUUUCAGCUGCUGUAUUCUUGUACAACACUUCAGGGGGCAGUGUGAUAAUGGAGAAGUGCCACCACAUCAUGGCAUCGGGCCCAACAGUAGAAGAGAGGGUGAAGAAAGCUUUAGGCAGCUGCCCUGAAGGAGGGGAGAUGGCAGAGACGUUUCAGAUCACUCACAGUCUGACAAGAAUGAAAUCUGAACGCAGAAAAACAAACCUGGAGUACCUCAGGAUCACAAGAUGUCAACUGAAUGUGUGGCUUUAACAUCCGGUCAGAGUCUGUUACUGUAUGGUCGAUGGAGCAGCCAGAUUGGCACUGCAAAAUAGAUGAAGGUUCUGCUGGUCUAGUAGCUGCACGAUGGAGCCCAGAUGGACGACACAUUCUGAAUACUACAGAGUUCCAUCUGCGAAUCACUGUCUGGUCUUUGUGCACCAAGUCAGUAUCUUAUAUAAAGUAUCCCAAAGCCUGUCAUCAAGGAAUUGACUUCACCAAAGACGGGCGCUAUCUUGCACUAGCGGAGAGACGAGACUGUAAGGAUUAUAUCAGUAUCUUUGUUUGCAGUGAUUGGCAGCUCCUAAGACACUUUGAGACUGAGACACAGGACCUGACUGGAAUUGAGUGGUCACCAAAUGGUUGUGUGUUGGCAGUUUGGGAUACCUGUUUAGAGUAUAAGGUGCUGUUCUACUCGCUAGAUGGCCGCCUGUUGUCCAUUUUCAGUGCCUAUGAAUGGUGUCUUGGUGUCAAGUCUAUCACGUGGAGUCCCAGUAGCCAGUUUCUAGCAGUUGGCAGUUAUGAUGAGAAGGUGCGCAUUCUAAACCAUAUUACAUGGAAACAGAUUACGGAGCUGGAACAUCCCUCGACCAUCAGCAACCCCAAAAUAGUAUUCUACCGUGAAGUAGAAAGGCGGCCUGUGAUUAGCAAUGAUGACCUUUCUGCCCACCACAGUUUAACUACAGGGAGCUCUCUGUUUAGUACACAGAGUAAAUAUGAAGUCUCUUCAUUGCCAGCACAAGUUCCUGUGAUCAGGCCAGAUCCAGACAGACCAAAUCCCAAGAUUGGAAUUUCAGUAAUGGCCUUCAGUUCUAAUAGCCGCUACCUGGCGACCAAGAAUGAUAACAUGCCCAACAACGUCUGGAUAUGGGAUGUGCAGAAGUUAAAGCUGUUUGUGGUACUUGAGCAUGUGGCUGCCGUGCGCUGCUUUCAGUGGGACCCUUGCCAACCCAGGCUAGCACUUUGUACUGGAAAAAAUAAGGUGUACAUGUGGUCCCCAUCAGGUUGUGCUUGUGUGCAGGUGCCCAUUGCAGGUCAUUUCCAGGUACUUUCGCUCAGCUGGCACACAAGCGGUCAGUCCCUAAUUUUGCUGAGCAAGGACCAGCUGUGUGUGUGUUACUUGGAGAACAAAGAUAGUUGAAAAGCUAACCAACUACACAAUAAAUCAAGAAAAAAAGAACAUUUCACGACUUUCAGAAAAACUUUGAACAAAAGGAAUGUCUCACCUGUACCACAAUGAAAGCAUAAGUUAGAACUGCUCCACUGCUUUGGAUGGCAGCUGUGAUGUAAUUGGUUAUAAAGUGACUGACUUUACCAUUAACUGUAAAUAGUGUACAAACUACCUACUUAUUUACUGACUUAUGAAUGUAAAUAUAUACUAUGAUAUUUUUAUAAAAUAAACUUGCACUUUGACUAGAA